AAAAAAAAUUCCAACUACGUCAAAAGAAACAAAAAAUAUGGCCUCUUCUAAGGCCAAAACCAUAACAUUUUCUCUCCUCCUAGUUGCUGCCUUUGCAACAACCAUAUCCUACGCAUCCGAGUCCCGGACGUACAAUGCAUACACACCGUCGUCUUCAUCCUCCAACUACCACCCUUACUACUACUUCGGUGGUGGUGCCACUGGCUCCGAUAAGGCCGCCUUCAUGCAAGUCCACAACGACGCUAGGGCAGCCGUAGGACUUCCCCCGUUCACUUGGGAUGACAGGCUAGCUUCCUUUGCUCAAUCAUGGGCUAACCAACGUAUUAAAGAUUGUCGUUUGGUUCACUCUGAUGGUCCCUAUGGGGAGAACCUCUUCUGGGGUAGUGGUGGUUAUUCAGCAGCUUUCGCAACGAAAACAUGGGUGGAGGAGCGUAGGUACUAUGAUUUGUACACUAACUCUUGUGCUAAUGGUAUGGAUUGUGGGCAUUAUACUCAGAUUGUUUGGAGGAAAUCGACUCGCCUUGGUUGUGCUAGGGUUACUUGUUAUAACGGUGCUGUUUUCGUUACUUGCAACUAUGAUCCUCCUGGCAACUACAUUGGCACCCGUCCCUACUAAUCAUUUUUUGAAAUACUCAUAUAUUGCUUAAAAGUUCUUUCUAUUUGAACAGUGAUUUUCUCACAAAUAAAAUUAAUUUUUAGAGGUGGAGGAUUUUUUUUUUUUUAAACUCUGGGUUUAUUGGUUGUUUAUGGUGUUCUAAGAAGAUGUAGGCUAAAGGAGGGUUUAGAGCUAGUCCUAAUUAAUAAUUUAAUAUCUUAUAUAUAUGCUAACUCUUAACUUAUGUUCUUGUGGUGAUUUCAGUUGAGGUUGUGCUUGUGUGUGUGUUUUUAUUCCUUUUAUUUUCAUUCACUAAAUGAUAUAUCCAUCUAUACGUAUGUAACAAGUAAAUUGUUGAAGAAUGGGUAUUUGUAGGAUAUCAAAUGAAUAGUUGGAUAAGAUUGGGAAAACUCAAAAUAUUUGAUGAUUAAAUAUAUAUAUGUAUUUAUAAGAAAAUUUGUCAAAAAUCAAUUUGUAUUAAAA